AUGUCUAAGAUGCACAGGUCUUGGGCCCACAAGAGGGAAAAUCCAUUUCCUUCCCAACACCACCCAAAACAAGAGAUGAAUUUCUUCCAGCAACAGCCACCCGCAUUUGGCGCAGCACCAAGACAAAUGAUGUUUCCCCCUAACUGGCAGGUGGGAGAGAAGGACCCUGUUAACCUCGCCCAGGACUUCAACUUUCUGACAUUGAACCAGCAGCCGCCAGCCAGGAACUGGAGCCAACAGUGGGAAAAGGAGCCUGAGAACAACCUGUUCAGCCAUUACGAGCAGAGGGUGCGCCCCUGCAUCGACCUCAUCGACUCCCUGCGGGCCCUGGGCGUGGAGCAGGACCUGGCCCUGCCCGCCAUCGCUGUCAUUGGGGACCAGAGCUCAGGCAAGAGCUCUGUGCUGGAAGCUCUGUCGGGAGUCGCUCUUCCCAGAGGCAGUGGAAUUGUGACCAGGUGUCCGCUGGUGCUGAAACUGAAGAAGCAUCUGCAGGAGGAUGGGUGGAAGGGGAAGAUCAGCUACCGCCACACAGAGCUCCUGCUGCAGGACCCCUCCCAGGUCGAGAAGGAGAUACACAAAGCCCAGAACACCAUCGCUGGGAAUGGUGUUGGGAUUAGCCAUGAGCUCAUUAGUCUGGAGAUCACCUCCCCCGAGGUUCCGGAUCUGACCCUCAUUGAUCUUCCCGGCAUCACCAGGGUGGCUGUGGGAAACCAGCCCCAGGACAUCGGACAGCAGGUCAAGGCUCUCAUCAAGAAGUACAUCCAGAGGCAGCAGACUAUCAACUUGGUUGUGGUCCCCUGCAACGUGGACAUCGCCACCACGGAGGCACUGAGCAUGGCUCAGGAGGUGGACCCCGAUGGAGACAGGACCAUAGGGAUCCUGACCAAACCAGAUCUAGUGGACAAGGGCACCGAGAAAGGUGUCAUGAAUGUGGCCCGUAACCUCACAUACCAUCUCAAGAAGGGCUACAUGAUAGUGAAGUGCCGGGGCCAGCAGGAUAUCACCAACAAGCUGAGCUUGGCAGAGGCGACCAAGAAAGAAAUGGCAUUCUUCCAAACACAUCCGUACUUCAGAGUCCUCCUGGAGGAAGGGAAAGCAACAGUGCCCUGCGUGGCAGAGAAACUCACCGCCGAGCUCAUCGUACACAUCAAUAAAUCACUCCCGUUGUUAGAAAAUCAAAUAAGGGAGAACCACCAGAGGGCGACAGAGGAACUGCGUCAGUGUGGAGCAGACAUCCCCAGCCAGGACUCCGAUAAAAUGUUCUUUCUGAUUGAGAAAGUUAAGAUGUUUAAUCAGGACAUUGAAAAGUUAAUAGAAGGAGAAGAAGUUGUAAAGGAGACAGAGACCCGCUUAUAUAACAAAAUCAGAGAGGAAUUUAAAACCUGGGUACUCGUACUUAAUGCCAAUAACAAAAAAGUUAAAAAAAUUAUUCAUGAAGAAGUCUCGAAAUAUGAAAAGCAGUAUCGUGGCAAAGAGCUCCAUGGGUUUGUCAGCUACAAGACGUUCGAGGCCAUAGUGCAGCAGUACAUCCAGCAGCUGGUAGAGCCUGCGUUGAACAUGCUCCAGAAAGCUGUUGAAAUUGUCCAUCAAGGUUUCACUGACAUGGCCAAAAAACAUUUUACCGAAUUUUCCAACCUCAAUCAAAUGGCCCAGAACAAGAUUGAAGACGUAAAAAGGAGACAGGCAGAAAAGGCAGAGAGGAUGAUCCAACUUCAGUUCCAAAUGGAGCAGCUGGUUUAUUGUCAAGAUCAGAUUUACAGCGAUGAUCUGAAGAAGGCCCGAGAAGAGCUGUUCAACCCAUUGGGAAAGCCCCCACAGCUGAAUUCCUCUGUUUUCAAUGAUUCCUCUUCAGUUUCCUCCAUUACUGAGAUAGGUGUCCACCUGAAUGCCUACUUCUCGGAAACCAGCAAACGUCUCGCCAACCAGAUCCCAUUCAUAAUUCAGUUUUUCAUACUCCGAGAGAAUGGCGACUGGCUGCAGAAAGCCAUGAUGCAGAUACUACAGGAAAAAGACCACUAUUCCUGGUUGCUGCAAGAACAGAGCGAAACCGCCACCAAGAGAAGAUUCCUUAAGGAGAGAAUUUACCGGCUCACACAGGCACGGCAGGCACUCUGCAAAUUCUCCAUGGAGCAGUUCCGUUGAAGGGCGCCAGUGCUUUGGGUUGUUUUCUUACACGCAUUCGUUCAUUGUAAGUGGAGCUGGUGCAGGACGUUGCUUGGGGUUUGGAACCAGACUCUUCUGUUGCUGUCCGCGUCCACCUUUGCGGUGCCACACUAAGCACCACAGAUGCGGGCUCAGCCGUCACCUCCACCUCCACCUCCAUGAAAAGGUGACGACUGUCCAGUCCUUGGGCCCAGUAGCACAGUUACAGUGAUCUUAAAUACUGUUAGCAUUCUCUGUUAAUUUGUAUUUGCAGUUUCCUCCCUUUAGAUUAUGCUCCCUGGAGGAGCAUCUGUAUCAUAUUCUUUUGUACUUCCAGAAUCUUGCAUGACACCUGGCAUAGAGUGACCACUUAAUGAAUGAUGUCUCACUGAACAAUGAGUGCUGUGAAGGGAUGGACACCACCGGAAGCCAUCACUUAAGCCCAGGCCUCUGUUGUUUAGUGUCCCUUAGCUGGUCACUUUCAGAUGAGUUCGGCCAUGCCACCUGCUUCCUGUUGUUGGCUGGAUCCUGUUUCUUGGCCUUGCUGGAGGAAUGAGCCUGAGUGAUAAUGUUCUCUCCCCGAGUUGCUUCUCUCAUUGUGAUGGGCUUCCAUUCCUCUGUUAACUCCUGUUGAGGAAUUUAAUAAGGAAAAACACUUUUUAAAACAUAUGGAGCUUCACACCAGUGAUCAUCUCUAGAUUGGAGAGUUGUGGGCAAUUUUAUUUUCUUCUUCAUGCUUUUCUGUAUUUUCCAAACAAAGAGCAUAGGUUC